AUGUCGACUCCGGCACAAGAGCCACAGAAGAGAAAGAGGCUUAACUCAUUUGCGCAGGCUAUUUAUAGACUUGCACGAUGCUCUCUCCUAGAUUUCCAUUUAACAUGGAAUUUAGACAGUUCCUCGACAACGGAUAACAAAAGAAUUGACUAUUUAGAACGAAGAACGAUCAACAAUUCUUCAAGCUCUGAUUAUGAGAAUAUUGAAUAUGAAAAUUAUAUUGUUAAGACAGGUACAAACUCGCCGUUAACUCUUCACAUAAACGAAAGAAAAUGUUUAUCACUUCUAUUGUUUCUAAAGGACAAAAUCAGGGACAAACUGAAUCCGAUCAGCAUAUUUUUGGAUUAUAACUUAGCGGAUUCCCAACUUCAAAAAAAUGGAACAUACCCCGAUGCUAUCUUAAAUAUUUUCGCUCCUUCUGUUUAUAUCUUGGUGCCUAUACAAAAUAACUGUGGAGCUGAUAUGAUCUGCAUUCCAGAUUUGAAGUUGAAUGUUUCAAGCAUUUCCGACCAUUUCAUUCUCGGGUCUUUAGAAGAAUUGGAAAUUGUUAUCAAUAUCUUUAACGACGGUGAAGAUGCUCACGAAUCAGUUCUCUUCCUUGAAUUGCCCCCUGGAGCCUCUUACGUCAACAUAAAGCACAUUAAUGAGAAAUCUCUUGAUGUGUCAUGUUGUUUGGUUUCCAAUAAUAACAUUCAGCUAAUUACAUGCGAUGUGGGUAAUCCACUUCUCCAAAAUGACUCGGUUUCUUUCGUUGUGCGGAUAUCAAGUUAUAACGUAAAUUUUCAAACACGGGAAUUAAUCUUCAAACUUUUUGUAAACAGUUCAAACAACGAGAUGCCAACUCCAAGUUUUAGCAACGAAUAUGAACUUUUAAUUAAAGCAAAAUCUGUCAUUGACGUGGAGAUUCGCGGAGUUUCCCUCCCGCAACAAAUUUUUUGCAAUGAUACGAGAAUGACAUCAGAAAUUGACAAGGAAAGCUUUGAGGGAUCGUUGGUUACUCAUCUCUAUGAGAUAAUAAACUUAGGACCAGGUCAUAUAGACAAACUGUUUGUAUCCGUUAACUGGUCAGGAGAGAGCAGCAAAGUAAUGUUCCUUUUUUUAAAUGAUUCUUCUGUUCUACCAGGGAAAGUUUUCUGCAAGAUAUGCGAUGGUGCUAGAGAGAAAUGUGAAAUAAUUUGCGUCAUCCAUAAUCUUACGAAUAAGGAAAGCGUACUGAUAAGAAUUGAAGCAAAGAUCUACAUCAAUCUGAAUGAACAAGAUUAUUUUGAUCAGUAUAGUGCAUUCUCUUCAGAGGCUAGAGUUCUUAAACUUCAAGUACCAUACAAUGUCACACCAGUAUUCAAGAGCAAGCUCUUCAAAAUAACCACAAAAGUUUUCAUGCCAAUAACCUCGUACAUAAGAAGAGAAUUUUGGAAAUUUGUAAUAGGAAUCCUCGUCGGAUGUUCACUGCUGACAAUUGCGAUGCUCAUUUUAUAUGAGAAAGGAUUUUUUAAAAGAAAAAAAAUCGACGACGAAGAUUAUGAAGAUAUUCGGCCCCACAAGACAUACAAGGAAAUUAAAACGGCUGAUGUCGAUUACUAUUAA